UAAAGUACACAACUUAAGAGAGACCAAAAUUUUAUCUUUCUCCGAUAUUUAGAGAGAAAAAACUUUUAACAUAACCUUACUAAACUUAUUAAAGAUAUGGGGAAUUGCCAAGCAAUUGACAAUGCAGCUUUGCUAUUACAACACCCAAAUGGCAAAGUAGAGAAGCUCUAUUCACCUGUCACUGCUCACCAAAUCAUGAAAAUCAAUUCUGGUCAUUAUGUUGCUCUUCUUCUCACCACCAUCACCACCACCACCACCAGUAGUAAUAACAAGAAUAGUAAUAAUGUGCCAGUGCGAAUUCGGCGAAUAAAGCUUCUCAAGCCUACUGAUUCACUUGUUCUUGGUCAGAUAUACAGACUUGUUACUGCUCAAGAGGUAAUGAAAGGAUUGUGCGCAAAGAAGUAUGCGAAGCUGAAGCAGUUAGAAUAUUCAUGUGAAGAAAUGACACACAAAUCAAGUUUACAUUCUAAGGCUGCAGCAAGUGUUACAACAUCUGUUCAGGAGAAUUCUAAACAGGUUAAACAGGAAAAUCAUAGAAAAUCAACAGGCUCAAGAUGCAGAGGAUGGCAUCCCUCAUUGCAGAGCAUAUCAGAGGGUGGUUGUUGAUUUGUGAUGCUUCUAUUAUUUGAUUAAUUAAAUUGUUCUUCUCUAUGACAUUCUGGAGAAAGUGUUCCUGUUAUUCAUAAUUUUGUCACAUGUAUAGCAAAGGGGAAAACAAAAAAAAGAUUUCUGAAUCAUUUGGAGGCAUUUGUUCAAUUGGAAUUACUGAUAGGCUUUGUUGUAUGCACCAAAUUUGUGUACUUGGAAGUACUAUUCAUUUGAUAAAUCUAAUGGACUUUGGUCCUGUCAUGAUGGGGUGAA